ACCGCUCCAGCCUGGACUGCCGUUUUCUCUGGGUAAGAGGGAGUUGUUGCAGAGCAUGCUAAAGUUGAUGAAAGAAUGCUGACGCGGUGGACACGAGAAAGGAACCACUAGCUGGAAUUGUGUGUUACAAAUUUAUAAAGCAAGAAGUGCAUCAAUCUUUCACAAAAGGAUGCAGUGCAUAACACUGAGCAUCAUUUGCCUGCUUGCACUUACUUCACAAUAUUGCUCAGCACGACCCUGCACGGAUCAGCUAGUGGCUCCACUGUACGCAUCCUCUUUCGAGGCAUCGUCCAGAUACAACUUCUUAUAUUCGGCUAAUCUUGCCAGAUUGCACGGUGGGAGUGGCUGGUCACCUGCGCCAAGGGAUCGGCAGCCAUGGCUACAGAUCAACCUGCUCCACAAAUACAGAAUCACUGCGAUAGCUACCCAGGGGACAUUCAACAGCUAUGACUGGGUGAAUAAAUACACACUGCUGUACGGAGACCGACCCGAUGCCUGGACUACAUUCGUUCAAAGGGGAGGCAAUUCGACUUUUUCAGGAAACUGGAAUUACUAUCAGGUCAAGAAACACAACUUGCAUUAUGCGAUCACCGCCAAGCACUUGCGCAUUCUACCUGUGGGCUGGAACCCGGCAGGAAAGAUCGGGCUUCGGCUGGAAGUGUACGGCUGCUUCUACGACUCCUACGUCAUGGCCUUCGAUGGGGAUGACAUGGUCGCUUACAGGUUUAACAGAAACACUAUGAAAACGCUGAAGGACGUUAUCGCCCUGAACUUUAAAACCGUGGAACGAGACGGGCUGCUCCUGCAUGGAGAGGGACCUCAAGGAGACUACCUCACUCUGGAGCUUGUGGACUCAAAGAUGCUCAUGCAUAUCAGCCUAGGAAGUAGCACUGUUCAUGACAUGACCGGACACACUUCGGUCACUCUGGGUAAUCUUCUGGAUGACCAACAUUGGCAUUAUGUCACGCUCCGUCGCUAUGGCAACUAUGUUAAUUUAACCCUUGACGGUGAAACAGCAAGCAUCCGCUGUAAAGGAGAUUUCCAGUACCUCGACCUGGAUAAAGAGCUGUAUAUUGGAGGAGUGAUGAAGGCUGAUAAACCGCAUUUGCCCGACAAGCAGAACUUCCGAGGCUGCAUGGAGAACGUCUUUUACAACGGGGUCAACAUCAUUGACCUGGCCAAGAAUAAGAUGCCCCAGAUACGCUUCCCUCAUCAGAAGAAAAAGAUCUACUAUGCCUGCCAGGAUCUGCUCCUGAAGCCAAUGACCUUUGCGGGGAUCAAUAAUUACCUGCAGGUGCCAGGGCCCUUCAGACGGAACAGGAUGUCUGUGAAAUUCAAGUUCAGGUCCUGGGAUGCCACUGGUCUGCUGAUGUUUACUAACUUUGCAGACAACCUGGGCUCCCUGAAAAUGGCACUGAGCGAAGGGCAGGUGAACAUCUCCAUCGCACAGCCUGGGAAGAAGCCUGUGGAGUUUGCUGCAGGCUACCGUCUGAAUGAUGGCUUUUGGCACUCGGUGGACCUGGUAGCCAGGGAUAAUUUUGCCACAGUGAUCAUCGACGAAGAGGAGGGCUCCCCACUCAGGAUCAACAACAUCUUCACGCUGCGCACCGGAGACAGGUACUUCUUCGGAGGUUGCCCUAAACCAGCUAAUGGCACGGGCUGCGUCUCUGACCUCAUUGCCUUCCAUGGCUGCAUGCAGCAGCUCUACAUUGACAGCGAGCCCGUCGAUUUAGACUUCAUAAUGCAGCGUCAGCUGGGCCGCUACUCCCAGCUCCUCUUAGGCACGUGUGGAAUAACAGACAGGUGCACCCCGAACCUGUGCGAGCACGAGGGGAAGUGCAUCCAAUCCUGGGACGAUUUUAUAUGCAACUGCGACAACACUGGCUACAAAGGAGAAGUGUGCCAUAAAUCUGUCUAUAAAGAAUCCUGUGAAGCAUACCGACUCAGUGGCAAAUACUCUUCCGGGAACUACACCAUCGACCCAGACGGCAGCGGCCCUCUUAAACCGUUUGUUGUCUAUUGUAACAUGCAAGAGUAUAAGGCUUGGUCGGUCGUGAGGCAUAACCGCGAGUAUGAAACCAAGGUGACGGGCACCAGCAUGGAGAGACCCUUCGUUGGGGACGUUCAAUAUUACAAUGCCUCCUGGGGUGAGGUAUCUGCACUGGCUAAUGGAUCAGAGUACUGUGAACAGCGGAUACAGUACAACUGCUACAAAUCCAGGCUCCUGAACACUCCCGAUGGUCAUCCCUAUGGUUUCUGGAUAGGCCGGAAUCAGGAGAGGCAUUUUUACUGGGGAGGGUCAUUCCCGGGAAUACAGAAAUGCGGCUGUGGGAUAGCCAGGUCCUGCUCCAAUGCCAGGUUCUACUGUAACUGCGACGCCGACUACAGGCAAUGGAGUUAUGAUAAAGGACUGCUGAACUAUGUAGACCACCUGCCAGUGACGCAGGUAGUGGUGGGAGACACAAACCGUACUGCUUCAGAGGCCCGGUUCACGGUGGGACCCCUGCGCUGCUACGGCGACCGAAACACCUGGAACACCGUUUCCUUUACGAAAACCACCCAUAUAGAGUUCCCUACCUUCAGACCGGGGACCAGCGCUGACAUCUCGUUUCAUUUCAAAACCACGGCAGACCACGGAGUCUUCGUGGAGAACCCUGGACCCCCCUACUUCAUCAGGGUGGAGCUCAACUCCACUACAGAACUCCUGUUCAUUUUCAGCGUGGGAGACGGAAUCAUCAACGCGACUCUGAAAUCCCCCACCCCGCUGAACGAUGACCAGUGGCACUUCGUCAAGGCAGAGAUCAACGUGAAGAUGGCCCGGAUAAAGGUGGACGAGCAGCCCUGGGUGGUGAGGCGGUUCCCUUCGCAGAGCUACGUCAACUUGGUGUUCAGCAAACCUCUACUCGUGGGAGCGGCGGAGUACAAGAUGAGGGGCUUUCUGGGCUGCCUCAGGGGGCUACGGAUGAACGGAGUGACCCUUAACCUGGAAGGGAAAGUGAACGAGCUGGAAGGGAUAAAGUACAACUGCUCGGGUCACUGUUGGAACACUUCCGAAGUGCUGUGUCGCAACGCGGGCCGAUGUGUGGAGAAGUACAGCACGUACCUUUGUGACUGCAACGAGACUGCCUUCGACGGGCUGUACUGUCAUAAAGAUAUUGGCGGUUACUUCGAACCUGGGACUUGGUUGCGCUACAGCAUUCGCUCAGUGCCAAUAACUUUGGCGGCGCAGUUUGCCAACAUCCUGGACCCCCAGAGCUUCACACUGGGGUACAACCAGACCAGCGAGGAGAUCGUGUUCAGCUUCAGCACCACAGAGACCCCCGCUGUGCUCUUGUACAUCAGCUCUUUCACCAAUGACUACAUUGCCGUGGUCCUCAAACACGAUGGUAGCUUGGAUUUAAGAUACCGGCUGGGUUUAUUUGUCAAUAAAUACACCAUAAUCAAUCGGAACCUGGCUGACGGGGACCCUCACAUUGUUAAUGUCACCAGGAAAGAAAGAGAAAUCCGAAUCGAGGUGGACUACAUGCAGCCUAUAUUCCAAAGUAUACCGUUGAUUUUCGACAAGAAAUUUGAUUCGCCAAAAUCCUUGUUUCUCGGCAGAGUGUUGGAGACGGGUGUAAUUGACCCAGAGAUCCAGAAGUUCAACACCCCUGGCUUCACGGGAUGCAUGUCGGGGGUCAAGUUCAAUAACAUCGUCCCGCUGAAGGCAUACUUCAGACCCAACCAGACCAACCCCCCCAUCACCAUCAUGGGGGAGCUGGUGGAGUCUAACUGUGGGGCCGGGCUGGCGGUCCUUCCUCCAAUCCCCCUGGAGAUAGACCCCUGGUACACAGGCCCGGUGUUCCCCUAUAUACACGAUGACACGCCCAGUGGACCGGUGAUAGCAUUGAUCGUCCUGCUGGUUCUGCUCACAUUGUUUGGCACCUUGGCGGCCCUCUACUUGUACCUGUACCACUACAAGGGGUCAUACCAGACGAAUGAACCGAAAGCUGUAGAGUCUCCAAGCAGCAUGAAGCCACUGACAGAAGAGGCCCCCAAGAAAGAGCAAAACCUGCCCAAGAUACAGGAGGAGGACAGGGGCGAGUAGGCGUGGAAGCAGGGAUGUGGCUCCAAGAUUACUUUUUUUCUUUUUUUUAAUACAUAUAUCUAUAUCUGUUGUGAUCAAAUCAAAUGAUCCAAUGCAGGAUCUCUGGUCAGGUACAAGAAUACACAUAAGAAUGGUGGUGAUAGUGAAAGUUUAGCAGACAUGCUUUUAGCACUUCCAAAACGGCAGGGUGGAGAGUGAACAGAAGUGCCUGAAAUCUUUUUUUUAAAACCAAAACAGAAAAAAAAAAACAUAUCUUGGAUACCUGAUAUCCAUAUUAAUAAAAACAGAAGCAGCUGUAUUAAAUUCCUUAUGGUAUUACAGUACUUUCAGUAGAGCAACAGCCUGCUGGUUUCUAGUUUAAAUCAUUGAUUUACUGUAAAUUGAACCUCGAUAUCAGAGAUCGGCGCUAUAUAGCAUACAAAUGUUUUCUAUUCUGUUAUACACAGUUUCCAAAGGUAUGUAGCGUAUGUUUAAGGUAUCUGGCACUAGAAAUGAUGUUAAAGGUUUAAUACACGUAAAUGCGUUAGUCUGUGUCGCUGGUAUUCAAUAAAGUUGGUUUGCCCAGUUUUCUCAAUGGGUGCCACUACGGAUAAGUCAUGUGACUCACCCCCGAAUAAAAAGUUGAUGACACCGCGUUCAGGAACCAGCAAAUACCGUCUCCUACUCUAUAUACAACUUUGAUCAUUUUACAGUUAACCCUGUGUGCUGUAUAUGCAUUCACCACUUGACCAUAAUUUAGCAUACCAUAUGUCUCUGUUAUUAUAUGCUUGCUAUGCUUUACCUUGCUUCAAGAUACGCUUUGCUAUGCUUUACCUUGCUUCAAGAUACGCUUCGCUAUGCUUUUCCCCUGAUAUACCGCAGUCUUUUUAUUUUGUAUUUAUUUUAUAUAAGGGCUGCAUUGCAUUGCUGUAUUAAAAAAAUAGAAAUGGGACACUCACUAUUCUGCAGCUUCUCAUAAUCAUGGUGCAUACGUAGCCUUGUUUCAUUCCAGGGACGCAUCUUCACAGUCCAAGUCAGAGGUGUAAUUUACACGGGGGAUAGUGUCCCCCUCACUUUUUCAUAAUUUCAGAUAGAAUAAUCUUUAUGCACGGAUCAGCUACAGAAACUGCCCGCCCCCAUUUUUGAAACCAAAGUUAUGCCAGUGGUCCCAGUUCAUAUUAAAAGACGAUCAUCAUCAUAAUUGACCAAAUUAGCAUCAAUGAUGCCACAGCUCGGGAAAUGAAUCCAAAAUGUGGUGAGACGCAUAGAGCCCUGUCCUUCAAUGGUACACAGACAGUACAGUGCCCUGGUUUUAUAUCUUGUACAACAUGGAUGAACACAAAACUCUGCUAAACUGUAACAAAACAGCAUGGUCUUUUAUUAAAAAAAAAUCACAAAAACUGUCCAUCUGAUGUCUCGGCGCUAUGAAAAUGAAUAAUGCAAGCGUGAACUACGGUGCAUUAAUAAAGGACAUGCUGUUUUUUUGUUUUUUUUAUAUAUAUAUAUAUAGAUAUAUAUAGGACCACUACAAUGUACACGUCUGCCUGUUCUCUUGCUUCAGUAGAAUGAUAGCAUUUAGGAGUCUGCUUUUAGCUGCUUGUUUGGAGGGAUGAUAACCAAAGCCAUUAAUAGAGUACCAUGCUGUGCUGUACGAAACAAAUAUAUACUGUGUCAUU